UUAAACUCAAUAUCUGCUCGGAAAGUGGCGCCUAUGCAAAAAUAAUGAAAUCCGUGUAGUAUAGGAGUAUAUUGUAGCCCCCGAAGCUGUCAUACGCCAGUUUCUUUCUCAGUUAAGCGUCGUCGUGUAAGUUCCGUGUUGAUCGGCGUGUGCCCACAGCACAAAUUAAAAAGUCAUAUCAUUAUUUUCGCUCAAUGUUACUUAAAAUCUCAAUUAAAACAACAAACUCAAAAUACUCGGUAAUUCCAUCAACCAUGGAAUUUAUUUAUAAAAUAACCACUCAUAUACCUCAAUAAAAAUCAAUCCAACCAACUGAUAGCUCCAACUUUCCGCUAAUAAAUAAAAGUAUUUUUCAAAUCCAAUAAUUAAAAUAAUAAUUAAAAAUAUCAGUAUAAUAAAUAUCAAUAAUAAUAAAUAACCAAGUGAUUAAAUUUCGUUGCCCAUGGAACGAAAUAGUGGAUUUAAAAAUAAAAUCCAUCGAUCAGAUCAUCAUCAUCAUCAGCUCAACAUCAUCAGUAGCAUCAGUAGCCAUUACCCGGUGUUUGUUACAAACACGCGGAGACAUCAACGUUUUAGAAAAAGGCGGAUAUGUUUAUUUAAAAAGUGGACCAAGUACUAAAAUGGUUAUGUCCAGAUUAAACCCAGUUCGCUUAAAAGGAUCUAAAAGUAACCGUGGACUAGACGUCGAGUGUUGCUGGUGCUGGUGGUGAUCAAUAAAAAAACCGACAGCAAAAAAAAAUCUAUAAUAAGUGUAUAAAAAAAAUGAGCUCUAUGAUCUACACCCUCUAUGGGUUCGCAAUAUUUUUCAUGGUCUUCUGGUUGGGGAUGUGGUGCGUCCACAUACUGGCGCUGAUAACCGCCCGGUGCAAACUUCACCGUAAGCCGACUGCGGUCCAGCUGCCCUCGAGCUACGAGGUCCCGCUGAUGGGGGUGUCGAUAAUAAAACCUUUGAUGGGAGUCGACUCAAAUCUCUACAACAAUCUGGAGACUUUUUUUACCCUGGACUACCCGAUCUACGAGCUGCUGUUCUGCGUCGAGGACAAGCAGGACCCGGUCCUGGUCCUCAUUCGUAAACUGAUAGACAAGUACCCGCAGAUCGAGACGCGUCUGUUCAUCGGGGGAUGCAGGGUCGGGGUGAACCCGAAAAUAAAUAACAUGUACCCGGCGUACGAGGCUGCCAAGUACGAGCUGAUACUGAUAAGCGACAGCGGGAUCAGAAUGAAGGAGGACACGUUGCUGGACAUGGUCAGGUACAUGAGCGACAAUGUGGCUCUGGUCCACCAGCUGCCGUUCACUUACGAGCAGCGCGAAGGAUUCGCUGCUGCCUACGAGAAAAUUUACUUCGGGACCGUCCAGUCGCGCAUGUACUUGGCCGCGGAUUUGCUGAACAUAAACUGUCACACUGGGAUGUCUGCGCUGAUAAGGAAGUCGCCGCUGGACGAAGUCGGCGGACUGAAGACCUUCGGAGUCUACUUGGCGGAGGAUUUUUUCUACGCCAAGUCCCUGGUGGACCGCGGGUGGAAGAUCACGGUCUGCUCCCAGCCCGCGAUGCAGAACAGCGGACAGUGCGAGCUGAAUCUGUUCCAAGAGAGACUGCGGCGAUGGGCGAAGCUGAGGGUCGCGAUGCUGCCGACGACGAUCAUUCUUGAACCCUUGAGUGAGUGCUUCAUUUUGGGGGCAUGUGCGUCAUGGGCCGCGGCUGUACUGUUUGAAUGGGACUCGCUGGUUUUUUAUCUCAUUCACAUCCUCAUGUGGUUCAUGUUGGACUGGACGUUGUUGUGUGUCGUGCAGAAUAGUCCGUUGCCGCUUAACAAAUUGGAGUUUUUGUUCGGGUGGUUCCUCAAUGAGACCAUAAGACCCUACUUGUUCGUACAGGCGGUCUUGGACCCGCUUAUUCAGUGGAGGUCGAGGGUCUACAAGCUUAAAUGGGGAGGAUUGGCUGAGGAAGUCAAGGCUAAGGUUAAAUACUAGACUAUAGUUUUAUUUUAUUUAUUAAUUGUGUUUUUUUUUAUGAUACUGAAGUUAGCAG